AUGAUGCUCUACAAACUCGUUGUGCUUGGUGAUGGUGGUGUAGGCAAGACUGCUUUGACAAUUCAGCUUUGUCUUAAUCAUUUCGUUGGUAAGUGUCUAUGUACUUACGAUCCCACCAUUGAGGAUUCAUACCGUAAACAAGUUGUCAUUGACGAUCAGCCAUGUGUGCUCGAAGUAUUAGAUACAGCUGGACAAGAGGAAUACACCGCAUUGAGAGAUCAAUGGAUUAGAGAUGGCGAAGGCUUUUUGUUGGUAUACUCAAUCGCCUCUCGCUCGACCUUUGAGCGCAUCGAACGUUUCCGUAAUCAGAUCUUUAGAGUGAAGGAUCUUGAUAACGUCCCCAUGAUGCUGGUAGGAAACAAAUGCGACAAAGUGACAGAAAGAGAAGUUACACGAGAAGAAGGGUCUGCAAUGGCUAAGCAAUUGGCUUGUGAUUUCAUUGAAACAUCCGCAAAAACUUGUGUCAAUGUCGAGAGAUCAUUCUAUCAAGUUGUCAAAGCCAUCAGAGCUCAACGCGAAGGAUUGAAGCCUGGAGGACCUAAAGGAAAGAGUAAGAAGGAAAAGAAGAGCAAAUGUUUAAUCUUGUAA